AUGGCUCUUUGUACACGGGGACAUCUCCUCUCACUGCUCUGCGCCCUGCAUGCGGUGCUAAUCAAUUGCUUUGACAUUGGCAUAUCGACCAAGUGUGUGGCCGUGCCGAAGGAAAUGGGACUGUGUCAGGAUGUCGGAUACUCAGAAAUGAGGCUUCCAAAUUUGUUGGGCCACACCACCCUCGGAGAAGUUAUUCCGAAAUCUGCCAAGUGGGAGUCACUGGUUCGGACUGGGUGUCACUCGCAGGCGAGAACUUUCCUCUGUUCCCUGUUUGCUCCAGUUUGCUUGGAUACCUUCAUCCAGCCGUGCAGGAGUAUGUGUGUAGCUGUUCGGGACAGUUGUAGUCAGGUCCUCACUUGCCUCGGUCUGUCUUGGCCCGACGCCCUUUCCUGCGACCGAUUCCCAGCCAAUGAAGACACAUGUUUAACAUCGAUCAGCGCUGAGUCCACAGAGUACCGAAAACUUUUUCCCAAGCCGACCUGCCAGGGCUGCCCGACUACAGAGGAACCGGGGGCACAUAGAAGAGUUUUGCAGACGUUUUGUCAAAACAAUUUUGCUGUGAAAGUUACGCUGGCCAAAAGGAGAAAUGCUUCGGAAGAUUCCGAAUAUAACGUGGCGGGACGGGUAGAAAUGAUCAGCCCCGGCUCGCUGUUUCCCUUCGGAACUCGGACCGUUAUUCAGCAAUGGCUUCUCGUCAAUGCAAACUGUGUGCAGAAGAUAACCCGCAACAACCGAGCCGUGCAGUAUGUCCUCAUUGGUGACGUUCAGGACUCCAAUAUAAUAGUAAAUAAAAUCUACUUGUGGCACAAAAAAGACACUCAAUUGACCCUUGCCGCUCGGAAAUGGAAACAACAUAAAUGUUAGAAUGAUGCUAUUGUAACAUAGUACUUGUGGACACAUUAAUGCACUCCUUGAAUAUACACUGGCUAUUGUAAAUAAUUUCAUGUAAAAUAAUGUACACAUUGUAAACGCGUGGGUUAACAGUAGAGUAGCUGGAAAGUAUGUCAUGAUUAUUAGUGUGGAAAUCAACUGUUGUACAUAAACAUGAAAUAAUGCACAGUAGUUUGACUUCCUUUAAUUUCAGUGACACCUCCAAAUAAUUAAAAGGUAAUAGGUCAGAAUUGGCAAUCAAAAUUACUACUAGUAAGUGCAAUGGUACAGAUAAGGACAAAUACCAGAUGAAUGCAAAAAUACAACAAUUGCUGUCGAAUAGCUACCAUAUUCCUGUGCUAGAUUUGCAAAAUUGAUUAUCUCCUUUUUGGCCCAAUUGUUGGAAUGGAGAUAGGACUACCUGACUCUAUUUACAUGGUGAAUGAAACUAAACUCAACA